AUGAACGAAUCUAAGCCAAUACAGAAACAACCAGUUAUUACUCUUGAUGAAUCACGCUCAAAAAGUUUCUAUAAAUCACUAAAUAAAGUUUUAACUCAAGUUGCAUCAGAUAAAAUCGUUAAACAAAUGUUAUCAAGUCCAAAUUCAUUUAGUUUCGUUACAAACAGAGUUGGAGAGAUUAUAAAUAACAUAGUUAACAAUGACCGUGAAAUACAUAUUAAGAAAUUGUCAGCCCAACUUCAAAAAUAUCGUCACGCAACCGAAAAUAUCGAUUCUGAACAAAUAAGAUCUCUUGGUAAACAAGUUAUAGAUGCUGCAGCUCAACAAAACCAGAAAGAAUUAUUUUACAAGAAACAAAUUAAAACGCAAGAAAUUCAAAUUAAAAAGCUUCAAUCUGAGGUUUCCGAAUUACGUGCACAACUUGCACUAAAACAAAUUAACUCCCAACCACAAAAUACAGAGAAACUUGGACAACAAAUUAGUUUAUUCAAACCUUAUGAUCCUGAACUAAUUAAGCUUAAGAAUCAAGUAAGAGAUAUUAAAACAGAAUUACUUACAGAAGCCACAAUGAUCAAUUCGAUGAAACUUCUUUUCAAUUCUGAAAUUAAAACUAAACUCAAUACAUCCAAGCUUUUAAUUGCGCAUUUACUAGAUAAAAUAUCGAAUCUUCGCUCUCAGCUUAAUACAGAAAAGGAACUUCGAGCUCAAUGUCAGCAUCAUUAUGAAGAAGAAAUUAUUCCAAAUUUAAUGAAUAAUCAAAAAGAGAUCUCAGAGAAACAUAAAGAAAUCAAUGAAAGCAGGCUCAAAGAUAUUGAAAGCAUCAAAACAAUGUUAACAUCACUAAGAAAUGAAAAAUCAAUUUUACAAACUCAAGUUAAAACAUUCAAAUCAUUAAAUGAAGAUCUGAAGAAAGACAAUGCUAAAAAUCAACAAUUAAUAUCAAACUUCAGAAUUUCUACUAAUCAGCUUAAAUCAGAAUUAGAAGAUUACAGAUUUUUGGUUUCUGAAAGGGAUAAUAAGAUCAGAUCUCUUGAAUUAGAGCUAUUUAAUGCUAAUGAGGCAAAAUCGUCUUUGAAUAAUGAACUUUUUGUUCAUAAACAAAUGAUUGAAGAAUUAAACGUUUCCAAUGAUCAAAAUGAAAGAAAUAUUAAUCUCAUAAAGCAUGAAAAUGUUUCUAAGGACCAGAAAUAUCAAUCUAUUUCAUUAGAAAAUCAAAGAUUAAAGGAAACAAUUAAUUCAAUGCAGGAAAAACUUGAAAAUGAAAUUCAAACAAAGUUUGAACUUACGGAAAAAUUCAAUACUUAUCAUAUGAAAUACGAAACGCUCAAAAGAGAAAUUAACUCCCUUCAGAAGUCAUUGAAUGAUUGCAAGUCUGACAACAUGCUUAAAGAUCAAACUAUUAAUGAAAGUAAAAAGGAAAACGAAUCAUUAAAGACUAAAAUUGUGAAACUAGAACUUAAUAUUGAUAGUUUAGAAAACUCAAUUACAGAAAGAUUGGAUGAAGCCAGAGACCAAUACAGCAAGGAGAUAUUCGAUCUUCAAAAUAAGUUAAAACGUCUCCAACUUCAAUUUGAAAAACAAAAUUCAACUAUCAAUAACCAGAAAGUAACUGUUGAAGGGUUGAAUGAACAGAUUGAAAGACAAAAGAGGAAUCUAAUAGAAGUAAAUGAAAGCAAAGAUAAGCUUGAAAAACAGAAGUCUGCUAUUGAGAAAGAGUUAAAUGAUCUAAAGAAAUCAAAUAUCGAGUUGAAAAUCAUGAAUGAGGAAGAAAAGCAUAAGAAUCAAAUUCUGAUCCAAAGAAUGAACUCUUAUUCUGAAGAGCCAUAA